AUGUCUGUUUGUUUAGCCAUCACAAAAGGUAUUGCGGUUUCCUCUAUAGGCCUCUACUCUGGGCUUUUAACCUCUGCUUCGUUGAUCACCUCUACCACUCCCCUAGAGGUUUUAACAGGAUCUUUAAGUCCCACUCUAGCUGCUUUGAAAAAUGCGGCCACUGCUUUGGGAGCCUUUGCAUCGACUUUCUUCUGUGUAAGCUUCUUCGGCGCACCCCCCUCAUUAAGACAUCCUUACUUAUUGUACGGCAUGCUUGCAGCUCCAUUAUCCUCGUUUGUUUUAGGGUGUGCAUCCUACUGCAACUCCAGAAAGUAUAGCAAAGUCUCCAAGGAGUCUUCUUUAUUCCCCGAAGACAGCAAACCUGUUGUUUCCGAGCUAAGCGAUUCUAUCAUUGAUUUAGGCGAUGAUGUUCAUGCUCCAAAAAAUACGUCCCGCGAUGAGAAAAUUUGUGCUACCACACCACCCAAGCCAGCAGAGGCGUUACAAACUGGUCCUCCAAUCCAUACUAAAAACCUUAUCGCGGCAACCGCUAUCGCUAUUCUUGGCUUCGUGCAAGCCGUUAUUGGUGUCUAUGGUGAGGGACAAUUUAUCUAG